AUGGCUGAAAUGUUGAGAAAUUUGUGUGAAAAAUACAAAAAGACUGUGAGUGACAACCCUGACACAGUUGGACAAAUAGAAUCUGCCUUCAGAUUGUUGUCGUAUGUCAUUGCAGGCAGAUUCCACGAUUCUCAAGUUAUAUCAGAGCUCAUGUUUUCGGCAUCAAAUCUUCUGGUUCUGUUGAAUGAUGCCAUAUUGAAAGGAGCAGCAAAGUUUGACCAGAUCACUCCAAUGUCUCUGGAACGUAUGAUGAGAUUUUUAACAGUUAUAGAAUAUAUUGAAGUAUUUGUUGAAAUGGCUGCAUUGCGAAUGGCUGGAGCAACUGGUAGAUGGAUAGUCAUCACAGCCAUUCAAAUAAUCAAAGCAGUAUUUCGAUUUGUACUAUUAGGAAGAUAUAAUGCUGGUAUACAACCUACUCCACCUAUAACUCCUUUAAAUAGAGAUACAGUGGAAAGUGAGAGUGAUCCAGUUGAUAAUGAGAAAGAUGUUGGAAUGACGUUCACAUUAAUGAGGUCAGGAAGAACAAUUAGAAAAUUAGCAUCAGCUCCAUCCUCCAAAUUAAGAGAUUGGAAAUUGCCUAUUGAGAAUCUACAUCCAAAGAUCAAGAAGAAAGCUACAAUGAUGAAACCAAGUGCAUUAAAUAGACAUCGAGUAUGGGCAGAAUGUUUUCAUAUAGUCAAACCAUUAGUACACUUGGCCAGUCUUUAUAAAUCUGGAACACAGUCUUGGAAACCAUGGUUACUUUCAUGUGGUUUAGAUAUUUCUAGUUUGUGCUUGAUGGGUGAACCACAUGAUUUGAAUGAGAAUGAAAAAGGUGAACUCAGAAGGAGAACGUUCAUGUUAUUAUUCUAUUUACUGCGCUCGCCAUUUUAUGAUCGUUUUGCUCAGGCCAAGAUCAUCUUUUUAUUGAAAAUAUUUGCUGAUAAUAUCCCUGGAAUAUCUCUUCUCAUUAAACCAUUUCUAGAAUAUCUUCCUGAAUGGCAGAAAUGUUACUUCUAUAUUUGGUCAACAUGAUUUUUUCAAGUCUUUGUUUUUAUUUUUCUUGCCUUUCUGGCCACACCUCAGUACUUCUGAUUACAAAUAUUGAGCUUACAUUUGAUCAGAUUUUUGUACUUCAUAGUUAAACAGUUGAGUUACUGAAACUUUUUUCCUGUAUUCAUUUUGUGCAAAUUAUAUAAGAAAUAAAUUAUGGCUUUAGAAAAUGGUAUAUUAUUUUUUUAAACUUUGUAGUAUAUUCAUUUU